UCACUCUUUUUAAGUCUUAUCUCUUGUCACUCUGUAUUAAGCUGAGCUCAUAUUUCUCUUCGUUAAACUUAUCAAAAAAAGAAAAAUGAGCUCUCAGAUUUGCAGAUCUGCUUCUAGAGCUGCGAGGUCUCUUCUCUCUUCAGCUUCUAAAACCUCUCGCUUCUACUCUGUUUUCCUCUUUGUAGAAGGGAGAGCUGCAGCGGCAGUGGUGGCAGUUUCACUUGGUGGAAAGUUGCCUCUCCUAUCCUCGGCUUAUGGAAGGACUGGUUCUUCAAAUCUGGCUAGACAGUGGAUUUCUGGGGCUCUUGCAAUUCCUGCUGGAGUAUACAUGCUCCAAGAACAGGAGGCACAUGCUGCAGAGCUGGAGCGAACUUUUAUUGCCAUCAAGCCUGAUGGAGUGCAGCGAGGGCUGAUUUCAGAAAUCAUAUCCCGUUUCGAGCGUAAAGGGUUUAAGCUUGUGGCCAUUAAGAUAGUGGUUCCUUCUAAGGACUUUGCUCAGAAGCAUUAUCAUGAUCUGAAGACAAGACCCUUUUUUGAUGGUCUUUGUGACUUCCUUAGCUCUGGUCCAGUUGUUGCCAUGGUCUGGGAAGGAGAAGGGGUGAUCAAAUAUGGUCGGAAACUCAUUGGAGCCACAGAUCCUCAGAAAUCAGAGCCUGGAACCAUCAGAGGUGAUCUAGCCGUUGUUGUUGGAAGAAAUAUCAUUCACGGAAGCGAUGGCCCCGAGACUGCCAAGGAGGAGGUUAACUUGUGGUUCAAACCAGAGGAAUUGGUUAAUUACACUGGCAAUGCAGAGAAGUGGAUCUAUGGGGUCAACUGAUGGAUAUUUUUUGUUUUAGUAUCAUCUCCAGGGAUUUAGAUCCCUCGUAAAGCGUGGGAUAGCAUAACUGUUGGAAUAAAAUCAUUCCUUGUUGAGGUGAGUGACUAUAUUUCUUCGCUACCAACAACUAGCAAUGUGAAUUCUGAGAAAUAAUUUUCCACCUUGUCCCGUCAUGGAUUCCAAUCUUGGAACUUCUUUCUGCCUC